AUGGAUUUCACAGACGAGAAUCGUGAUCAGUGGGAAGUGUUCCAGCCAUCUUACGAGUUCCCCGAAACAAGCGGUAUGGAGCAGAUCUUCGACACUAUCCAAGAGCGUGCUUUCGCAGUUCCUUUAGGAUAUCCGGCUGCGCCUAGUAAUGACGCCAGUUUCUUCUGGGAACCAUCUGGCCUCGAAAACUGUUCAUCGUUGAAUCAAUAUGAAGAGCUCGAGCCAUCGUCUGUGUUUCCUGAUCCAAGUGGCCCGGAUCCUCUGUCCAGCACGGUCGUCGAAGACAACUUGGUUCUCCCUGAAGCCCUUUUCGCAAACCUAGUGGCUCAACAUCGUAACCACGGCUUUGUUUGGACGCAGCCCUGUCUGCAAAACUAUUCAUCAUUUGAUCAGUAUGAAGAGUUUGUGCCAAUGCUUGCGCUCCCAGGGCCAAGUACUACAUAUCCUCUCUCUGGGACAAUUGAGGAAGGCAACUUGGCUUUGACAGAAGACAUACUCACAGACCCAAUAACUCAUGAGAGUUGUGGCAGUCUUGAUUGUGCACAACUUGGUCUGGAAAAUUACCACUUGUCCGGCGUCACUGAAGCAGCCCCCAUAUACGCUCCACAGAUCCACCUAAACGACAAACCAUCUGCGAGCCUGUCCCAACAACCUGGAAACCACAGAACACCCGAAGGCGUUCUUCCUCCGAGUCAAGAAGGAAGUUCAACAAGAAAACCGCGAGUUUCCUACUGCGCCGGAUGCGGAGCUCAAAUAAAGCUGCCAUCAAAAUCGGCGUGGAACAGAAUGAAGGAAACUCUGGAAAGGUUGUACUGCCAUGAUGGUUGCACAAUGGAAGUAGUGAGUGAUAUUGCAUGCCUUGCAUAUCACUUCCAUGCUUCGUAA